CAUGGGUGUGGAAGUGAAACACGCACACACAGGAACAAACCGUCAGGCAGUGAUCAGACAGCGCGGAAGAUGAAUGUGAUAGAAAUUCUGAUGAUUGGUUUGGUGUGAAAUAUCAUCAAUAAGCAGCUUUUCUGUUUCUGUUUCACUGAAUCACCACAGCUUUGUCCGGAUCUUCAGAUAUCAUCUUUCUCAACCAGAAUGAUGAAACCAAUUUUCAUUCUGCUGCUCCUCUUAAGAACGAGCUCGACUUCCACCUAUCAAAACGUGGCCUUGCGUGGUACAGCAACCCAGUCGAGCUCUGCAGACAACUUCCGGGCAGCUGCCCUGAAUGCAAUUGACGGAAACCGUAAUUCUAACUUUAUGGACAAUUCAUGCACCCUCACUUUUGAACAGUCCAACCCGUGGUGGAGAGUGAAUCUGCACGAGUCCUACAUCAUCACUUCCGUCACCAUCAUCAACAGAGGAGACUGCUGUCAUGAAAAGCUCAACGGGCUAGAGAUCCACAUAGGCAACUCUUUGAACCACGAAGGUUUAGGAAACCCAAAGGUUGGUACAAUUUCUGAAGUUGAUGCAGGUAAAUCCUACACUUUGACUUUCGCUGAUCAUGUGGAGGGACGUUAUGUAACACUGACUCUGCCUGGUUCAAAAAGGAUUCUCACACUCUGUGAGGUGGAAGUCUAUGGAUACCGUGCUCCAACCGGAGAGAAUCUUGCACUUCAAGGAAAAGCCACGCAGUCCUCCUUGUAUGAAUUUGGCUUCGCAUACAGCGCCAUAGAUGGAAACCGUAACAGCAAAUGGGAAGAGGGCUCCUGCACUCACACAAACAACAACAUCAGCCCCUGGUGGCGACUUAAUCUGCGCAAAACGCACAAAGUGUUUUCUGUUAAAAUAGUCAACAUUGAUUCUGACCCACAACGACUCAACGGGGCCGAGAUCCGCAUUGGAGAUUCGCUUGACAACAACGGCAACAACAAUCCCAGGUGUGCAGUGAUCACAGGCAUCGCGGGAGGUGCUGUUGCUAAUUUUACGUGCAACAGGAUGGAAGGCCGCUACGUGAAUAUAGUGAUCCCUGACCGAGAAGAGUUUCUCACUCUGUGUGAGGUUGAGGUGUACGGCUCUAGACUUGAUUAGGUUUAUGGCAGGGAUUUCUUAUUCUUACAGAUCAUCAUAUCAACCAAAAAUCAUAGCUUACGUAGCAACUUCACCCUGCACAUUAUAACAGAUGUUUGUAACUGUAAUUCCUACUGCUGUUGCUUAGUUAGUUUUUUCCCUGUCAUAAGCCUCUCUUGUUGUACUGUCACUACACCUGCUGCAGAAAGCUGAGUCUGUAUGUAACCCAUUAAAGAAAUAUAAUUAAUCAUUUAAAAAACAUUUUCCCCUUUCAGUUUCAUCACUGUUAUUCUUGAUUCAGACCAUUUUCUACAUUUAAAUAUUAAUGACUGCUGUUUUUUAUUUCCAAAGUAUUACUAAAGUGUACUUAAUAUAAAGGCAGGCAUGAGGAGAAAUUUAACAUUUUUUUAAAUCUUUAAUGAUAUAAAGCCAAAGUGCUUCCAUGUUUGCUGGUUGACUAGUAUAUGCUCUAAAAAAAUGUACAGAUGAUGGUUUGCUGGUUUUACAGUGCUGUGCCUUUUUUACUGUUUCCUUAGUGAGAGCAUGCUUACAGUCCUUUUAAUGUGGUGACCUUGAACUGUGUAAUAUUAACCGAGCCAGAGUGAGUAAAGGUCAUGCAAAUAUUGAGAGGCCUUCAUGCCGAUUUAACUGCAUUGUAGAAGAUGCAGUGAAACCAAAAAUCUGAAAAAACAGUG